UCGUCAUGUGACUGGUUCUUGUAAAAACAUGGCGUCCAGGCUAAACAAGACGUCUGCUGUUGGAGGUUUCUCAAUGGUUUUAAAUGUUUUAGCAGUUUUAUCCGGUUUGUGUUUGUUGUUUACGUCGGUCGGAGCUGAAAUACGAAGCGCUGUUAUUGACAAACAAACCGGACAGCUGUCUGUCGUCGACGGAUACCGAGAAGGGUUUGUGGCUUGGGCGAACUUCACUGAUGACAUUAAAACAUCAGGCUGGUCUUUCUUGGAGGUCACUACCAGCAGUCAGUACAAUGACAGUAUCCAGGCUUAUGCUGCUGGUGCAGUGGAGGCUGCACUCACAUCUCAGCUCAUCUAUAAGCACUGGAUGAACACUCUAAUGGGUUACUGCGGGCCCUUCACGUCUCAGUCUGUUUACUGCGAGCGUCUUAAGGCUUUCAUCACAACCAACAUGCAGUGGAUUCAGGAGCAAAUAGAGAAGCAGCCAAGUUCACCCUACUGGUACCAGGUGCGUCUGGCACUGCUGCAGCUGAAAGGUCUGGAGGACAGCUACAACGACGAGCUGUCAUUUCCAGUAGGGCCGUUCUCCUUCAACCCAUUUGGCUUCCUACUUUUCCAGCUGGGCGGGGAUCUGGAGGACUUGGAAUCGGCUCUGAACAAAUCCAGCCAAACUCGACCUCUUGGAUCCGGCUCCUGUUCUGCUCUCAUUAAGCUGCUGCCAAACAACAAGGAACUGCUGGUUUCACAUGACACCUGGAACGUCUACCAGGCCAUGCUGCGCAUUAUGAAGAAAUACAUCUUUGCCUUUAGAGCUUCUCCUUUAGGAAGUGAUCUUCUUCCUGGAGGAACUCAGGCAUUCUCAUCGUAUCCUGGAGCGAUCUUCUCUGGAGAUGACUUUUAUAUCCUGAGUAGCGGCCUGGUUACCUUGGAAACCACCAUUGGCAACAGUAACCCUGCUCUGUGGAAGUUCGUUCAGCCCACAGGAACCGUCAUGGAAUGGCUGAGGAACAUCGUGGCUAAUCGACUGGCUGCUACUGGCAAAGAGUGGGCUGACAUAUUCAGCAAGUACAACAGUGGAACGUACAAUAACCAGUGGAUGAUUGUGAACUAUAACCACUUCACUCCGGGAAAGACUGACAUUAAAGAGGAGCUCUUUGUUGUUCUGGAGCAGAUUCCGGGACUCGUUGUUUACACUGAUAAAACUCAGGAACUGCUGGAGAAAGGCUACUGGGCAAGUUACAACAUACCGUACUACGUGGAGAUAUUCAAUGCCAGUGGCUGCAAUGAGCUGGUUGAGAAGUUCGGCCCGUGGUUCUCUCUGGACCAGAAUCCUCGAGCUCAAAUAUUCAGGAGAAACCAGACAGCUGUUAAAGAUGUGGACUCAAUGGUCCGCCUCAUGAGGUAUAAUAACUUUAAAGAAGACCCGUUGUCAAAGUGCGAAGGCUGUGAUCCACCUGCAAAUGGAGAGAACGCCAUCUCUGCCCGUUCAGACCUGAACCCAGCUAAUGGAACAUAUCCGUUUGGCGCCUUAAGGCAGAGACCACAUGGAGGAACAGACAUGAAGUUGACCUCGUACGGGAUGUUUCGUGACUACGGUAUGAUAGCCGUGAACGGGCCAACAUGGGACCAGGUGCCACCCUUCCAGUGGAGCACUUCCCCCUACAAAGACCUGCUGCACAUGGGUCACCCUGACACUUGGACAUUCAAGCCUAUAAAAGUCACUUGGACUCCUUAAUUGCUGUCAUACUGUAUGCAAGUGGCAUUAUAAAUGGGAAUACUGCCAACUGUGCUGUGUGAUGUUUUGACAAAGGGAAAUGGUACUUUAAUUCAGUGUGACAUGUCUUAAUGAACACAAUAGUCAUGUUAUUGAUUCUCAGGAGAGUGGCAAUAAUAUUCUGGAGGUAUUAGGGCCUGCAGUGUUGCAUUAUAUGCAUAAUUAAAGCACAGAAAACAAAGAGAGCUUUGAAUGUGAGACAGGAUAACCAAGAACAACAACUCUGCUGUUGUAAAUUGGGAGCUUCUACAUUAGAUUAUGUUUUAUUUUCAUUUUCAUGUUUUGUUUAUCGUUCUUAUGUUAAAUGUGUGAAAAUGUCAUUGGAAAUGUCAUUAGUUAUUGGAGUUGUUGGACUACACCUUUCUUUAUAGAAAUCACCAAGUACAAUUAUUGAUACAGAUGCAAAGUUUCUGUCACGGUUAAGACAAAUAUGUUGAUCAUGAGUUGUGUUGAAUGUUGAAUAUUUUCUAAAUUAAAAGCGCCCUGAUUGUUAUAAAAAAAAUAUAUAUAUAAUUUUGUAUCACUGCCUGGUUUUAGUAUGUGGUCAGUAUUCAUAUUCAGAUGAACUUAUUGUCCAUGAAGUGCAUAAAAUGGAAAUUCAUCUUUAGAACUAGCAUAUGGCAAAACACUAUACACAACUGUACUUAAUAUAGCAACGCACAAAAACUUUACGUUACGGUAAAAAGUUAAAGUGACUAAGUGGUUGAUUACAUUAAUGCAAGAGAUGGACAUGUAAGCUUACGUAAAAAUAAAAAUGGGGGUCAGGCAAGUUCCAAGAAUGUGUAGUGGCUUUUUAAAGAACUUGGAAGUUGCAGUUGUAUACAAGAAUACUUCAACUGCAGAUCUGACGUCUGGAUUCAAUGAGCUUUCAAUGUCAGCAUAUUUAAAUUAAAGUCAAACUAGCUGAGCAUGCCCAAAUACCUUUGGUCCAGUAGAAAUUAGAAACUGAAGUUGUUCAUAGAUAUCUAACCAAAAGGGCCCUCGUGAGUAUAAUGUUUAAUAUGUAUAAUUAAUAAUGAAAUGCAGAUAGUAACAUGCCUAAUUAAUUAUCAUUAAAUUCAGGUUAAGUCAUUGUCUUGUUAAUUUUAUUAACUUCAACCACAACAAUAAUUUAAAAAAGUGGGCCUAUAAUUCACUGGAAACACAUAGUGCUCAGUGUGCUAUAUUAGGUUACAUUCAGGCUCUAUUUAAAUUAUAUAAUGUGGUUCUGUUAAAAAAAAAAAAAACAUGUAAUAACUUUUA